AUGCUCAUUGGCACUCCCCCCACCCCGCAAGCUCCUAGCUCAGACCCCUUGCAGGAGGGAGCCAGAUGCUUUUUCUCUGUGACUUUAUUUCUAGAUGCACCCCGCGACCUGUUCAACUGCUGUUUCACAUUUAACCAUAAGAAGAUCCCCUUGCAGAGGCUGAAGAGCUAUGGAAUCACCAGUAGCCAGUGUCCGCAGGCAGCUGCCCUCUUCAGAACCAAACUGGCCAAGGACAUCGGUGCCAACCCAAAGGAGAAAUGGGUCUGGAAUUACAUGAAACACCUGGGUCAGAAACCUCACAGCCUGAAGACUCGGACUCUUUCGGCCACACUAAGACCAAGCCAGAGGCUGAGAAAUGAUUCUUCUCCCCCAGGCUUCCUGUCUCUAUCCUGGACUAAAUUGACCUGAAUUUUCAAAUAGGGUGCUUUCUGUUUCCUGAUGCAAA